AUUCAGCUCAGCUCAGCUGUCGCAUCGAAGACAGUACCAGCCGAGAAAGCGAACUUUUGUGCCUGGCGCGCAUUUCCUCAGGUCGCUUAGCAGCACGAGACUCGACGGAACAGGGCCAGACAUGGCGACAGAGCUUGGUGUUGAAGCUUGGGACGAUCCGGGGGAAAGCGGUGCCAAGAUGGUUCACGUGCCACCGCACUAGCGCUCGCCGACAUCAUAGCCUCGAUGCAUGGUCGACCACUGACCACUCCCAGGCAACCUUCAACACCCGUCAACGACUACUCCGCCGUCCAAAUCCGCCGCGACAACCUCGAGCCUUCCACCUCACUUUUCCCCUCUGCGCUCGCGAAAUACAUCACUGCCAUCAUGUCCGGCUGGGGUCUUGGGUGGUUUGGCGGUGGCCAAGCCAAGAAGGAAGCGCCCAAGAAAGCGAUCCUGCAGUUGCGUGGCCAGCUUGAAAUGCUGAACAAGCGGGAAAAGCACCUGCAGAACCAGAUGGACGAGCAAGACACGCUGGCUCGGAAAUACGUGUCCACCAACAAGAGCGCGGCGAAGUCGGCGCUGCGGCGGAAGAAGCAGUUCGAGCACUCCUUGGAGCAAACGAGCUCCCAAAUCAUGACCCUCGAGCGCGAAAUCUACUCGAUCGAAACAGCGAAUAUCAACAAGGAGACACUCGACGCGAUGAAGAACGCCGGCUCAGCAAUGAAGCAGAUACACGCCGGCCUGACAAUCGACAAGGUCGACAACGUCAUGGAAGAACUCCGCGAGCAACACGCCAUCGGCGAGGAAAUCGGCGAGGCCAUCACCUCGGGCGUAACAUCUACCGGCAUCGACGAAGACGAACUCGACGAGGAACUCGCUGAACUCCAACAAGAGAAGCUUGACGAAGACAUGCUGAAAACUGGAAACGUCCCCGUUGGCGACAGAGUCGGGAGACUACCACAAGCGCCCUUGUCCGAAGUCAAGGGCAAGGCGCCGCAGCGCGUCGAGGAAGCAGACGACGAAGAGGAAGAGCUGCGGAAACUGCAGGCUGAGAUGGCCAUGUGAGGCUCUCUGAAUGGAAGGGAUGUGACUGUUUAGAUGAAGAACGUUGGGUCGACGCGGAUACAACGGAAGACGGGACUGGCGUUUGGCGACUUUGACGGAGACAGAAUGGUGUUUUGGGCGAUUCUUUUUUGUUUCUCUCAAUCACAUUUUAUUUACUGACGGGGUAUUUGGAGGCUUGGAUUGGAAGGCCCACUGCGCAAAGAGACAUGACGGUUGCUGCGUUCUACGAUGAAUUGGAUG